AUGAAGGGGUCCAAGGGGCCCGACAGGAAGUUGCUCGACAGGUCCCUGCAUUGCACCACGCGCAAGGGGGAGGGGGGUGACAGAGGGAGUGACAUGCAUGAGCAAGCAGCAGAGCAGCGCGGCAAGCACAUGGUGGGCGGCACAUGGUGGGCGGCACAUGGUGGGCGGCACAUGGUGGGCGGCACAUGGUGGGCGGCACACGGUGGGCGUCACACGGUGGGCGUCACAUGGUGGGCGGCACAUGGUGGGCGGCACAUGGUGGGCGGCACAUGGUGGGCGGCACAUGGUGGGCGGCACAUGGUGGGCGGCACACGGUGGGCGGCACACGGUGGGCGUCACAUGGUGGGCGGCACAUGGUGGGCGGCACAUGGUGGGCGGCACAUGGUGGGCGGCACAUGGUGGGCGUCACAUGGUGGGCAGAACAUGGUGGGCGGCACAUGGUGGGCGAGCCUCCACGUGGGCUUGCAAGGGAAUGAGUGCUGGCAAGGGGCAGUGGGAGGGAGGAUUGGGGUGGCAGCACUGACAGGGCGGUGA